UCACUCACCUCGUUAUACUAGUUCUACUUCAAGGUCUGGUUCACCCAGUCUUAGAGCGAUGACUGCGAGUGCGGGUGCGACUACACCGACGUCGACGUCGAUGUCGCGUGUUGCUGAGGCGGUUCAGGUCGCUCCGUAUUUGACGCAUGUUGUAAGACAUCAUGGACAAGUGACGUUGAUACCUCCUGAGAAUACGGGGAGGAUACGGAAGGGGAAGGUGAAGAAGAAACUGCAGCGGCCGGGGGUUGCGAGAGUGGAGAACUCGAGUCCUUCUUUGAAUGAUUUGAGUGCUAUUGUUGCUGCUGGGCCGUCGACUUCUGCGUCCCGGUCAAGGCCCCAGACUCCGAGACCACAGACUCCGAGGCAGAGACCGAGACCGGCUUCUUCGAAUUCGUUUCGAAGUCCUUCCUCCCGAACGGAUGGGAGUAGCAGCAGACCGGGUAGUGGUGUUAAUGGUGUUCAUGCGAGGUCGAGGAGUUAUCAAGAUGAUUUGCGCAUCCCGGACUUCCCACCACCUUCGUUUGAAGAAGCAAUGCUUGCAACUCCAUCUACAAGGAACUCUACUCCGGGUUCGGAGGUGGAACGACCUCCUUCAGCAGAGCGUACUGCUACUCCGUCGUCAGUUCGAGAUGUACCCCGGGAGCAACCUCCCCAUCCAAUCCAGGCCAACCAAGAGACGUCACCUCCCUCCCGGGAAAUCGAACCCCCAAGCCCGAGCUCCUCUCAUUCUUCACUUGAAGAAGCAGCUGAACGAGGCCGUCAGUCCAUAUGGGAGGAUGACCGAGAAGCUGGGUAUAGUCUAGAGGAAAGGGUGAAGAGGGAACUGGAACGACGAAGACUGGCGGAGAGUCUUCCGACGGCACCCCUGAUGCGAAUUUUUGAGCAGAUCAACGGUCAUGCAGAUCAGACAGCCGUUCCGCAGAUGCUCAAUAUCACCGGAGAAUGCACCUUGUUGAAGGAAAUGGACUCAACUAGUCCUUCGACGGAUGAAACGAGUCAAGAAAUAGUUGUUCCAAGUCGCAGUUCGCAGGAACGUCGUGAUUCUCCUGCCGCUGUGCCAUCAACAAGUUCCGAUAGCGUAGGAAAUGAGGGUCAAUCUCCUGGCAUUGUCGCAGAGGAAAGUUCCUCCCAACGCAUACCGUCACGAAAAGGGAAGGAAAGAGAAGUUGUUCCUGACGAGCCGAUCGUUGGCAAUGAACUUUCGGACAGCUAUCCCAGCGAUCAGCCCCAAGGAAGUACGCUUUCAAGAAUUCGAGACGUGUUGAACUCUCCACUUUGGCCUCAGCAGCAAAAUUCGAACCCUAUCACGGACUCUGUUUCUGUAUCUCCACGAGCUUCUUCGAUUUGUGUAGAACGGGAGCCUCCUGAUUUACCACCUCCACAUCAGCAUCUGUCUUCACAGCCCAUUGUAUCAAAUAGCACCGACGAUCCCAGCAAUACUCAUGCAUUGACAACUCCUGCACCAUCAUCGCCAUUUCAAUCGGAUGUCUCAAAUCAUGUAUCUAUAACACCAUCUUCAUUAUCAUCUUCAGUUUCACCUUCAGACUCUCUUAAUCCUCAACCUCCUCACAGCUCUCGUCCUCUACCAAUCCCUCCCGGUCCUUCGCCAUCUAUCUCCGCUCCAGAUCCUUUACCAGCUCGCCGUGCCCCACCUCCUGUACUCCGUCCCGGAACUUCGGUCCGCGAACGAGUAUCUGCGUUCGAGUCUUUGACGAAUAGGCCUGUACCACCGCCUCCACCAGUGAGAAUGGUUAUUAGACGACCUCCACCGCCUGUGCCAGGUCCUUUGGAUAUCUCGGGUGCGCAAGGUGGGGUUGCAAUCCAAACGCGGCAACAGCGGGGGUCUAUUGGUACAGAAUCUGAUGGCACGAUCGUUGCUGAGCAGCAACAAGAUGUCAAUGCUCCAUGUCUACCCCACCGUCGGAGGCCGCCUCCAGUCCCUACGCAUCGAAGAAAGGAAAUAGAUGGUGUUAAGCCUGAUGUUUUUACACUCGGACGACGGACAUCAGACACGAAAGUGGAAACGGAGAUUCCGUCGUCCUCAUCGACUUCCCGCCCCGAAAGCACGGUUGUCGCUUCAAAUAUAUUGGAAGCAACGGAUCUAGUUUGCGGGCGAGAUACGCACGAUCAAAACGAGAGACUACUUGGCUUAACGACUCUGGUUGCCACUGUCAAUGAGACAGUGCCUCUCGGAUGUAACGCUCCGACGAGCGUUUCCAGUUUACUUUCCGACACUCAAACGAACCUUACAUCCGAAUCUCAGACCGAAGCUCUUCCUCUUGGCGAUAUGAGGAGCGAAAAUCAGUCUCAAAUAAAUAUUAGUGUCGAUGGUGCAGGGCAUUCACCAUCAUCUUCUGUGACUGAGUCCCAAGGAGAUCCUCACACUAGUACAAGGACAGUGGAAACGAUAGACGAUGUCGUUGGCAGAGAAAGUCUACAUGCCUCAGUUCUGUUGACAGAGAAUCCUCCGUCCAUAGACGUUGAACAGCUUCCUGUUGAUACUAAUCUUGCAAGUACCGAAGUUACAGGCGGAGACAGCACAAGUUCAAGCCGAGCCGAAGAUCCGCCUAGCAUAAUCCCACCUAUGCAGCCUCUUCAACCCAUGUUUACUGGUUUGACCGACUUAGACUUGCUCCUCGCGCGACUGGACGACCCGGAUUUCACUUUCAGCGGUCGGUCCUAUGACGAUCUCCUACUUCUCGAAGAAAUAAUGGGUCCAGCAACAGCAACAGGACAGCUUACACAUCCUCAUACGGAUUUUGAUGAUAUUCCAAUGGGUAAAGUCGAAGUCUUACGACGACGCGUGACAAAGGAUGGCCGAACGAAACUCAAACUUGCGUUAUUGGGUGUUGUUGUGGAUAAGUGUGGGAUAUGUUUGGUUCAGUUUAAGGAGAGCGUAUUCGCUUGUUUGUUGCCUUGUCGACAUGCGUUCCACGAUAAUUGUUUGAGGUUGUGGAUGAGGAGAGGAGAGACGUGUCCGAUGUGUCGAGGUCCCUUAUGUUACUCGUAAUCAUAAUAUGAUUAUCGAUAUACCAACGUGCUGGAUUUUCCGCUUCACGCAUGUCCAUAAAUGGUAUAUUUGGCUAUAAUAAGCAAUUGCGUCUCGGUCUUGUACGCACAAUCAAGUAAGAGCUCUUCAGGAGUUCAGUAUGAAAUAGGUUUUACAGACUCUAGAUGAAGAUGACUAUCAUUCUAUUUCGAAGUCGAAUGUUAAGCUCGACCUUUGGAGGUAUGCACUACACUGCGAUCUGAAACACUUUUGGCAUAUUAGAAUCAGAAAUUUGGACACG